AUGCCAAUAAUACAGACCCAUCGUUACAUCAAUGCAAACCCUGCAAUCUCUGUCGCCAAGCUUCGUCUCCAUUCAAAUCCCACUACUCAUCUUCAAUCCAACGCAUUUCCAACUCUCAUCAACAGCUUCUUCUCCUCGAGUUCCUCCACGAGCUCGAGCUUUCUUCGCCUCAAUCACCGCCAUGUCAAUCGCUGUACACAACGCCGUCGUCGCAGCAAUGGUGUAAUCAGGGCAAAGGCGGGUUCUUCUGAUUACUAUACCACUCUCAAUCUCAGCAGAAACGCAAGCUUGCAGGAGAUCAAGACCUCUUACCGCAAACUCGCUCGCAAGUAUCAUCCAGACAUGAACAAGGGACCCGGUGCAGAAGAGAAAUUCAAAGAGAUAAGUGCUGCCUAUGAGGUCUUAUCAGAUGAUGAGAAAAGAUCUUUAUAUGAUCGCUUUGGUGAGGCAGGUUUACGAGGAGAAUAUGAAGGGCCAGGUGCUAGUUCACAGGGGGUGGACCCUUUUGAUAUCUUUGAUACAUUUUUUGGUGGGUCAAAUGGGCUUUUCGGAGGAAGGGGUGAACCGGAAGACACUUACUUCAAUUUGAGAAACAGGGGCAGCCAAGAUCUUGACAUGCGAUAUGACCUGUUUUUGAGCUUUGAAGAAUCAAUAUUUGGAGGACAGAAGGAGAUUGAAGUUUCUUGUUUGGAGACAUGUGAUAACUGCAGUGGUACGGGUGCCAAAUCUAGUGGUUGCAUAAAAUUGUGUAGCGAGUGUCGAGGUAGAGGAGGGGUGAUUAAAACUCAGAAAACACCAUUUGGAAUAAUGUCUCAGGUAUCUACAUGUUCGAAGUGUGGUGGCAAUGGCAAGAUAAUCACUGAUUAUUGCCAAAGUUGUGGCGGCAGUGGUAGAGUCAAGUUGAAGCGAAGUAUUAAAGUGGUUAUCCCACCUGGUGUUAGUGAUGGAGCCACAAUGCAAGUUCGAGGAGAAGGGAACUUUGAUAAGAAAAGGGGCAUGGCUGGUGAUCUCUAUUUAGUCCUCCAUGUUGAUGAAAAACAUGGUAUUCAGAGAGAUGGUCUCAAUCUUUACUCAAAGGUUAAUCUUGAUUAUACAGAGGCAAUACUAGGGACUGUUAUGAAGGUGGAAACUGUCGAGGGUUUGAGAGAUCUGCAGAUUCCUUCUGGGAUUCAACCUGGAGAUACAUUAAAAAUAUCACACAUGGGAGUUCCAGAUAUUAAUAAACCUUCUAGGCGAGGUGAUCAUCACUUUAUAGUGAGUGUUCAGAUCCCAAAAGAUAUCAGUGAUGAGGAACGUGCACUAGUUGAAAAGUUGGCUUCGCUCAGGGCAUCGCGCAAUUGCCAUUCUGUUCCAUCCAUGGGGACACCAAAAGGUGACUUUGACGAUCAAAAACUAAAGGAUGCUUUAAGCCAUGGAAGCAAACGUGUUGCAUCUUUGUGGAACUCAUUCAAGGACUUCUUAGGUCGAAGGCAAUCUGGGAAUGGAUUUGCAUCUGUUAGUGUAGAAACGUCAAUGUUGAGGUGUAUCAAGCCAAGUUCUGCAUUCAUGAUCUCCAUCUCUAUUGUUUUUAUGACAACAUGUAUCUUUACCUUGGUGAGAAAACUUGGUUACUGUACAUCACUGCAACCGAAACGACGGAAAAAAUGAUGUCAUCAUCCUUGUAAAACUAUACUAUACUACACAAGAACAUCAUUAAAGGCUGUACGGCUCCGUCUUUUGUUGGAGGAAAAUUUAUGUGAUUGAGAGAUACAUACAUGAUCUUCUGUGUCUUUCUUAUUUUCUUGUCAAAAUGUGGUGAAUGAAAGAAAGCUGAUAUAAAAAUGUUAGUCAAGGGGGGGAAGGUGUACUCGGCGAAUGGAAAGGCUGCAUGUAUAUACAUGCAUGCAUGCAUGCAUACAUACAUACAUGAUUUUUAGUUGUUUUA